GGGCGGAGAUUGUCAUGACAUUGCUAUUUCUGUACUGCGUGUGUUGUUCCAACCAUAGACUGUAUAAAAGGUUCCAAGAAGUAUAUCAAUGUCUGGUAUCUUAAAGGCAAUGUCGAAGUUUCGUCUGGCUGUGGUUCAGUUACAUGUUUCAAAGAUCAAGGCGGACAACUUGGAAAGGGCACAAAAACUAGUGAAGGAGGCUGCAGGACAAGGUGCAAAAGUUGUAGUCUUACCUGAGUGCUUCAACUCCCCUUAUGGAACCGGGUUCUUUGCUGAGUAUGCUGAGAAGAUCCCAGGAGAGUCCACAAAGGUGUUGUCAGAGGCAGCCAAGGAUUGUGGGGUCUAUUUAGUGGGCGGUUCCAUUCCUGAGGAGGAUGGAGGAAAGCUCUAUAACAGCUGCUUAGUUUUUGGACCUGAUGGUAAGCUGCUUGUCAAACACAGGAAAAUUCAUCUUUUUGAUAUUGAUGUACCAGGGAAAAUACGGUUUCAGGAGUCUGAAACACUAAGUCCAGGAAACAGUUUAUCCGUGUUUGAAACCCCAUUUUGUAAAGUAGGUGUGGGAAUAUGUUAUGACAUCAGGUUUGCAGAGCUGGCACACAUCUAUGCUAAGAAAGGUUGCCAGCUUUUAGUAUAUCCUGGUGCCUUCAAUAUGACCACCGGUCCAGCUCACUGGGAGCUGCUGCAGAGGGGGAGGGCAGUAGAUAAUCAGGUAUAUGUGGCCACUGCUUCACCAGCAAGAGAUGAAAGUGCCAGCUAUGUGGCGUGGGGUCACAGCUCUGUGGUUAAUCCUUGGGGGGAGGUAAUUGCCAAAGCUGGACCAAAGGAAUCUGUUCUCUAUGCCGACAUAGACCUGCAGUAUUUGGCUGAUGUGCGCCAGCAGAUCCCAAUCAACACACAGCGACGGAAUGAUCUAUACAGUGUUAACAGUGUUCAGGAGGGCUGAACUCUCAUUCACACGAAGCACUACAGUGGACUUUAAGACAGACUAAAUCAGCACUUUGAGUUAGACACAAGUCUUCAUCAGUGUAAUGUGGGGCAUCGCACAACAAAGAUGUUUGAAUUAAUGUGAACAACAAUUUGCAUUGUUUUGAGGUUUCUCUUAGAAUGAAAAUUAUAUUUGGAAUAGAUGAAAGAA